GCAUAAUGUGCCUUUAACAUUUUCAGUGUAUGAAAAAGUAAUUAAUUUUCUCAUUUUUUUCUUUAUUAAUUUUAUAGGACUAACUUAAUGUAACUUACGGGUCAAUAAAGUACGAACGAAAUACGUGAUUAACAGUUAGCUGGAAGGAUGAGAAGUCUAUGGAUUGUUCUAUUGGUAUCCAUAAUGGCCUCGUGUGUUUCGACAUUUGAGAAUAUGUGGCUGCGACAACUGAACGAGGGACCAUACAAUGGAGAGUUUGGUUAUGACGAGCCGUGCAUUGAAUGUUGCGAAACACGUGAUCAAGGUUCUGUGGUUGUUUUAGCUGAUAUCCUAGAAGAUUGUAGAUUUUCUACUUCAACUAUAUUUCCAUCAUCAACAAUGGGCAUUUCGUCAUCCUCAAUAUUUACAAGUCCUCGUGUCUCCACACCCACAAGCACAACUCCAGGUACUGCCACAACUCCAGGUUGUAUCUGUUGUGAGUUUAGAAAGCAAGGAUAUGUUGUUGUUGUAGCUGAAUUAAUCGAAGAAAAGUGCGUUCCAUCAACUUCUAUUCCUACAAGUCCAUUUCCGACAUCUUCGACAUUCGUUGAAUCGUCGAGUACAUCGGCAUCUUCUUCAACUGCAUUAACAUCACCUGAUGUAAUGUCUAAAUCAACAACAACAUCGCCUGAUUGUUGCUGUGAGACGAGGAAACAAGGCCGUGUUAUAGUUGUUGCAAGAGUAAACAAAUGCAGCAGACGGGGAAAGCGUACAUAGUUUCAACGAAGGCCAACGUUCUGAUUUUUACGUAAUUUCAAAGUCUAUUUUUUUUUUGUUUCAACUAUCAAUGUUUUAA